UUUUCCAUUAUUCAAAUAAGCAGUCGAUAUAAAUGUUCAGUUAGCUGUGGCAGAUCUAGCUGCACACCGAACUCGGCCCAACUAGUUAAAGAUGAAGAAUUUUAGCUUUGGAUCAGCAGUUGUAGUGAUUUUGUCAGUUGUGAUAUUUCUUGACGAAGGAAUCUGCCAACAAGGGCAACAAAACUAUGCUAGCGAUUGGAGGAAAUGGGCAGGUACAAUGGGCAACGGAGCACCGGGAAGCGGAAAUCCACAAUACCAAAGUGGCGGGGAACAAAACUGGGCUGGCGAAUGGAGGAAAUGGGCUGGUACAAUGGGCAACGGAGAACCGGGUGCAGCGGGAAGCGGAAAUCCAUGGCUUCAAAUGGCUGAUCAAUAUAUGAGGAAAUGGAUGAAUGGAUACGCCGCCCGUAAAGCUAAUGGUACAAAUCAGUCUGGAGGUUUCUUUGCUAACCUUAUGGACGGAUAUGCCAAGAAGUGGAAUGGGAAGAAAAACAAGAAGAAGGGCAAAGAAGUGAAAUAUUGAGCCAUAGAUCUCUUAAGCGCAUUUCCCGAGACUACGUUCAUGUUGUUUUGUAAUUUGUUGAGCUAAUAUGCAUGCAAAAUGAGUAUUUCAAAAUGUGUAUACAAAUUGUCUGUGCAUUACGCCGAGAGAAUAUGCAUUAUGUUGAGCGUAUGUGCAUUAUGUCGAGCGUAUGUACAUAAUGGUGAGCG